GUAAAACAUCAGAAGAAAAAGGGAAAAACUACGAAGAUGGCAAAAGCAGAAGUAUCAAGAUUGCUGUUUCUGUUGGUAACGAUAAUACCACUGGCUGCUCAAGGUUCCAGAUUGUACAGCUGGGCUAAUCAGCUGGAGGAAUCUGGUAAGGACAAGGUAACCAACCUUCAGUUCUAUUUCCACGACACUUUGAGCGGCAAGAAUCCCACCGCCGUUAAGGUAGCUCAGGCCGCCGACAGUGAAAAAUCUCCGACGCUGUUUGGCUCUGUGUUCAUGGUCGACGAUGCUCUUACCGAGACCGCUGAUCCCAAAUCCAAGCUCGUGGGCAGGGCCCAAGGCCUUUACGGUUCUUCAUGUAAAGAAGAGUUAGGACUGCUAAUGGCGAUGAGCUUCUGUUUCGAGGACGGUCCGUACAAGGACAGCACCAUAAGCAUGAUCGGGAAGAAUUCUGCGAUGAACCCAGUUAGAGAAAUGCCAAUCGUGGGCGGCACUGGAAUGUUCAGGAUGGCUCGUGGCUACGCCAUUGCUCAGACCCAUUGGUUCGACCCCAAGACCGGUGAUGCCAUCGUUGGCUAUAACGUCACCGUUGUUCACUAGAAAAAGCUAUUGUUUCACUUAUAUAAUAUUGCGCGAUACCUAUACUAUAUUAUGUAACAUGUAUCAUUUGAGAUAAAUAAAAUAUUAUGUAACUUUUC